UAGACUAUGAUGGCUGCGCCCAUGCUGAAAUGUUUUGCAUCUUUACACUCUGGGAGUGGGAGAUUAUUAGUUCGAAACUAUUCCAGGACAGCGUAUACUGUUCUCUUACCUGAAAUUCCGGAUGAUACACCAGAGACCAACCCACUCAUGCGAGUGGAUGGCUACCCAGCAUAUAAAUCUAUCGAUGUGAAGAAGCAUGCUGUUACAGGAAUCGCAAAACGAGUAAUUGAAUUUGAAUCAGGAAUAAGUAGAUUGGAGGAGAAGCUCUCAGAUCCAAAUAUCCCAAAGACAUUUGAAAAUGUGAUUGAGCCAAUAGAAAAGCUGUCAUUUCCAAUUUCUUACUGUUGGAAUACUUUCAAGAACCUAAACUAUGUCAAGAACAGUGAGGAUAUGACAAAUGCUAUGAAACUUGUCCACCCCCUCAUAUUGAAGGCUAGGGUGAAGCGGUUUCAGAGCGUACCUAUCUAUAAUGCAGUCAAGGAGCUGAGUGCCGAUAAAGCAAACCUAAGUGAAGCGCAGGACAGAGUUGUGCAGAAGUACAUACUGGAGUCAAAACUGAAUGGUGUUGAACUCACUGGAUACGAUCAAUAUUACAUGAACAAUGUAUUGCACAAGCUCGGUGAACAGAAGGAGAGAUUCAGGACUUGUGUGCAGACAGCAACAAACAGGUUUAAACAAAUUCUGUACGACAGAGAGGACAUCAUAGAUAUGCCCCAAUCCUUGCUACGAUAUAUUGCAGCAGACAGCACGAAGCCAGAGAGGGGACCAUGGGUUGUCACACUGCAGCCAACAGUAUAUCUGCCAGUCAUGGAGUACUGCAGCAAUAGAGAUGUCCGAGAGAAUGUCUGGUUCGCCAACCAGAUGCGUGCCUCCUCACAGGAUCAACAAAUUAACAACAGUGCAACGAUUCAAGAGAUCCGCUUCCAAAAGAGAGACCAAGCCAAGUUAGUUGGGUUUGAUGACUAUGCUCAGAUGUCAAUGGCAACGAAGAUGGCUGGCAGUGUUGAAAAUGUUCUCUCUAUGAUAGCAAGUUUGAAGGUGCACAGCGAGGGCAUGGCUGCAAAUGAGCUGAGCAGCCUGCAGGAGUUUGCGAACGAGCGAGGUUUCGAUGGGACGCUCGAGGCGUGGGACGUGCCGUACUGGCGGCGCAAGCAGAAGCACUCGCUGUUCCAGAUAAACGAUGCUGAGCUGAUGCAGUACUUUCCGAUGGAGCAUGUAUUGAAUGGACUUUUCAAGCUGUGCGGAGAACUUUUUGGCAUUACGGUUAAGCAAGCGGAUGGUGCUGCUGAAGUUUGGGAUAGUAGCGUGCGCUUCUUUAAUGUCUAUGAUGAAGAUGGUACGCACUUAUCAUCCCUAUACUUGGAUCCAUAUUCCAGGCCUUUAGAGAAGAUGGCUGGAGCUUGGGUAGAGUCUGGUAGAAGUCGCAGUGAUGUUUGCAGUGCGUUUCCAUUGGCCUAUCUGAACUGCAAUGUGGCUCCUCCAGUACUGGGUCAACCUGCACUAAUGUCUUUCUCUGAAGUGAAAACGCUGUUUCAUGAGUUUGGUCACGCGCUGCAGCAUUUACUGACUGGCAUGCCAUAUAGCGACGUGGCUGGACUCGCUAACGUAGAAUGGGAUGCAGUGGAAAUAUGCUCAACAUUCAUGGAGAACUGGUUGUAUGACAAGACCACUAUGGGGUAUAUCAGCUGUCACGUUGACACUGGAGCUACGCUACCAGAUGAGAUGCUGAAAAAUCUCAUUCGAGCCAGGAGGCACAUGGCCGGACAUGACAUGAUGUAUCAGCUCUACCUGAGCGCUGUCGAUAUCGAAUUAUACACCAGAAAAGACUUCUGGUUGGAAACACAGCGAGAGACAUGGGCCAAGUACAUGCUGCUGACGAUGCACAAGAAAGAUGCGCAUCUCUGCUCCUUCACACAAAUCUUCGCAGGAGAAUAUCCGGCUGCCUACUACUCCUAUAAAUGGUCAGAGAUGAUGUCAGCCGAUGUAUUCAGUGCAUUUGAGGAGGCAGGUCUAGACAACAGAGCUCAAGUACAAGCUGUCGGUCGAAGGUUCCGAGACACGUUUCUGCACCUCAGCGGCGGCUGCCAUCCCGGCGAGGUGUUUCGUAGAUUCCGUGGAAGAGAUCCGUCGCCAGACGCCCUGCUGAAGACACUUGAGCUCAGCUAGGGCACUCCGCUGUGCCGCAGGGCUGCAGACUGUAAUGCACUGCACUGUUAUUCGUGCUAGGAGGAAAGGAGGGAGGGAAUGGGAGGCGAGAAGCAAAGAAAGGAGCGAGAGCAUGAGAAGGAGAGAGGAGAGAGAGAGAGAGAGAGAGACAGAGAAAUUAAUGUUCAAAUUAUGUCAAAUUCAAGCAAUGAAGCAAAAUUGUAGAUGUUACCGCUACUGCUAAGCAAUAGCUAUAGUCAUGAUCUGGUUGCUGAGUUAUUCUGCACUAGUUGAUACUUGUCGGUUGUCAGAUUCAGAAGUUGACGCUAGAACAGUCCAACCCACUAUUUAGUUGAUAAAGUUUGUUGUGUGUAAGGUGUUGUUGUCUAACAAUAACUAUACAUUGAGAGUUCCUCGAAUAGCGAGAAAUUAUAGAUUUAAAUAAAGUUAUUAUUAUAAUAUGAA